CAUGGCUGAAGCGUCCAUUUUAAUCCACAGAAGCAGCGUCCAUUUAAGUCCACAGAAGCAGCGUCCUGGUUCCAGUGGAAACUGAAGAUGAGACACGCCGUCCUUCUACUGGCUCUCAUAUGUGCCUGUGAUGCCCUAACGUUCGGUCAGUUGUGCAGCAGUUAUCCUACCAACACACCGCGGACUUCGGACAUCCAUGGACAAGGACACUUUGGCGCCAGACGAACCUAUGGCUCCCAUGAGGGUAUCGACAUUACCUGCAAUGACGGUGACACCGUCUAUGCCCCCUUUGACCUGACUGUGGUCAGAGGACUGAUCGUCUACUCCGGCGGGCGGAACGCCGCCAUCAACAAGGGCAUCGUAAUCCAAGCAAGCGGUCUGUGUUUCAAACUGUUCUACGUGGACCCGGUCCAAACCUCUGGCUCGCUGAAGAAGGGCGAUGUCCUGGGAACCAUGAUGCCCAUGCAGGAGGUUUACCCAGGGAUCACCUCGCACGUCCAUGUUAUGUUGUGUGACAAGACCGACCCAACGGGAUACUUCUGACAGACACCAGAACCAGAACCCUUCAGUCUUGAAAGAGUCACAUAUUUGCAGGUUCUAUGGCAUCUGUUCUAAAUAGGAUAGAAUGUUUAACAAGAAAACCCAAACCACAGCGUUGGUGGGAACAUCUGUGUACGAACAUCUGACAAAUCUGUAAGUGAUGAUCAAUAAAUAAACAGUUCCAGUGUCCCUGAA